AACCCGGACUUCUUUCUGCAUUACCAUCGUUCUCUUCACCCCAGGAACAUCAUCAUCAUCCUCUCCAUUAUCAGCCACCAUGAUGUCUCGUUCUCUCCUGCUGGUUCUGCUGGUUCUCACCUGCCUCCAGUCCUUCACGAUGGCUCAGAGUGGAAAUGGGCCGAAAAAAUGCUGCUUCCAGUAUCAGACAAAGCAGAUUCCUGCGAAAUACAUCACGACGUAUGAAAAAACAGCGUAUCAGUGCUCAACCUCCGGAGUGAUCUUUACCCUGAAGGACACCCGUCAGUUCUGCGCUAAUCCCAGCGACGAUUGGGUGAAGAACAUCAUGAACCAAAUUGACGGGCGUCUGUUCCAGUAGCAGAAUCAAACUCGUCCCCGUCUUUCAUUCCUCUGUCCUAUUUAUAUUGUUGUUUUUUACAUGUACUUGUUAUUUAUUACUCGGUGAGAUUAAAUUAUUAUAUAUUUAAA